CUAUCUCCUCCAAAAGUCAGCGCCUUCCUUUGUUCCCUUUCCUCUCGCUGAGAUCUGCUUCUCUCUCUGGAACUGAGAUAGCAAUGGAGGAUGACUGGGGUCUCCAGGCGGUGGUCAGAGGCUGCGCCACCACCGCGACCACCUCCUCCUUUUCCACCACCACCUGCUCUAUAGAUGAUUACUCUUUGUCCAGCUUUGAACCACAAGGAUAUGACCAUUUCCUAUGCUUUCCAGAUCUGCUUGAAGCAAGAAGUCAGAGUGGUAUGGCGGAGUUACAUGAUCUAUAUAAACCCUUCUUUCCCAAAUCACAACCUCUUUCUCCCCAAAACUUACCCAUUUCACCCCUUUCUGUUCUUGGUGGUUUACAAGAUCAAUCACAACCACAACAGCAAAAACAACAGCAGAGACAACACCAAAAACAACUUCAAGCAAAGCAGUCCGUUGGUGGUUCUGCUGCUACUUCACAUACUCUGAGUCCAAGGUCUAAAAGAAGGAAGAAUCAAUUGAAGAGGGUUCUCAUGUACCAGCAGAGGGUUUAUCUUCUGACGUGUGGUCUUGGAGAAAGUAUGGACAAAAACCCAUCAAAGGCUCACCUUACCCAAGGGGAUAUUACAGAUGUAGCACCUCAAAGGGUUGUUUGGCCCGAAAACAAGUGGAGCGAAACAGAUCUGACCCGGGUAUGUUCAUUGUCACCCACACCGGCGAGCACAACCACCCUAUCCCCACUCACCGGAGCUCUCUCGCCGGUAGUACCCGUCAGAAGCCAGCCACCCCUCAAACCUUCCCCGACGAUGAAACUAUCAAGCCCUCUUGCUCAUCUCCGUUCUCACCGUCGACGAGUCUCUCCCCGGCAACAGAAAAGGCAGAGAGCAGAGAAGAGAUAGAAGACACCGUGGAAGUUGAAGAUGAAGACGAUGGGUUAUUUGGGUUAUCUGAUAUGGUCAUGAGUGAUGAUUUCUUUGUGGGUUUGGAAGAACUAAGCGGCCCUGCCACCGGAGAUUUCUUUUCUGACCAUAUACAGACAAGUUUGGAAUUUCCAUGGUUGACAAAUAGUUCUGAAACCACCACCGCCGGCGGUGGUUGACUUUCCAGUAAAGUGCCACGUGACAGUGAGCAUGAAAUGAUGCUUUCCUUCGCACUGACUUUUUCUUUCCAUCUUUUUUUGUCCGUUAGAGAGAAAGAGAGAAAAAAUUCCCAUCAGUGAGAAAGAAUCUUCCAAUUACAAUGUUUUUGUACCUGUGUAAUGAAUGAGAUUGCUAGCCGGUCUUGUAAAAGAAAAGGAGAGUUGAUUCUGUGUUUCUUACUUGUACUAUAGCACAGUGAUUGCAUUGGCACUUCCGAGAGGCUUCUGCCACUCCAAUCAAUUUUAAAUGAG